CAAGGUGGAAGGUUUCAAGCAACUCAACCAGCUGACAGAAGGAAACUUUCUCUGGACACCAUCAUCAUCAUCAGCAGCGACAGUGAAUAGGAGUGGGGUGACAUCAGCCCCCCCCCCUUUGUUCUUUAGGUCACUGCUUCCUCCUGGAACACACAGCUAAUGUCAGCAGAGAGUAUGGAGACAAAGAGUGUGUCCAAUGGAGCGGCGCCUGUGUAUGAAGACAAAGAGGUCAGCCUCAGUCCUGAAGACCUGUCUGAGGUGCUGGCAGCGGGGACCAAAGAGGUCCAUGAAAAGGCGGAGAACACCCAGUUUGUGAAGGAUUUCCUGAAGGGACGAAUCCGCAAAGAGCUCUUCAAGCUCGGCGCUGUGGCUCUUUACUUCACCUACAAGGCCAUGGAGGAGGAGAUCGAGAGGAACAAGGAUCACCCCCACUUCGCUCCGCUUUAUUUUCCUGCAGAGUUGAGUCGCCAUGAAGCUCUGGCCCGUGACCUGGAGUAUUUUUAUGGUCCAGAGUGGCAGAGCCAGGUCAGCUGCUCCCCGGCCACCCAGCACUACGUGGACCGUAUCCACCAAGUGGGACAGGAGGACCCAGUGCUGCUGGUGUCCCACGCCUACACCCGUUACAUGGGGGACCUGUCUGGGGGCCAGGUGCUGAAGAAAGUCGCGCAGAGGGCCUUGAAGCUUCCCACCACCGGAGAGGGCCUGGAGUUCUACCAGUUUGAUGCCAUCCACAGUGCCAAAGCUUUCAAGCAGCUGUACCGCAGCCGAAUGAAUGAGCUGGAACUAGACAUGGAAACCAAGAAGAGGCUCGUGGAGGAGGCCGUGAAAGCCUUCAACUUCAACAUGGAGGUGUUCAAUGAGUUGGAAGAGAUGGGGAAAGACAUCCAGGAGGAUGUUUUAGAUGCUGGCUUGCCUGUGCAUGGAGCCACGGGUGGUGACAUCAGCAAAUGUCCCUACUAUGCUGCCAAAAUGACGGCGUCGAGUGGAACGGCAUAUGCUGGUCAACUCGCCAUGGCCAUACUCCGACACCCAACGGGACAGGUUCUGUUUGCGACUUGGAUUGCUGCUCUGGCUGGAUUCGCUGCAUGGUAUCUAAUGUGAUCCCGCUCCAGCCUGUCAUUUUACUGCUGCUGAGAGAGAGAGAGGGGGAGAGGGAGAGGGAGGAGAAACAUUGAGGGAAGGCGAAUAAGGAGAUUGAGACCAUUUCAUAGUUUAAUACAAACAUUCAUUAGGGGUCCAAGAUAAUUAAAUAUUGCACAUUGCUAAAGAGGGAAGCUGAUCGGAAAUAUACUUGGUUUUAUUGGACUAUUAGCACAUCCACUCCAUCCAUCUCCCAUGCUAUGCCUUGAUGUGUUGUUUCUCCGCUUCCUUUGGACCAUCCCUCCAUUUUAUGUCCCUUCAGAGUAUCUGGUCGUACCUCAAAACCUUCUGGAGCUGUUUGCUGAUAUUGGCACAGAAGCACAUUGUGUGAAUACUUCGAUUUUAUUAUUUUUUUCAAUUUCACUUGAAAUUACUUUUUGAUGCGACCCACUUAUAAACUGUAACUGGCUCUACAGCUGACAAUCAUGCACCUAUUAAUGCUAAAACAUACUAUGCAGAAGCUUUGCAUGGAAAAGCACAAAUUUGUUUUUGAAAUUAGUUAAAUUUGAAAUCAAGUUUGGUCAAAAUGCAACAGUGCUUUUUUUAAAUGUAUUGUGUAAACGUCCCCGUACACAUUGAUGACGGUUCAAAGUAUAAUCUGAAAAUACAAUACACUGUUACACAAGUUCUUUUUUUUAAAUCCAUUCUCACAUUUCGUAAUUCAUACUCGGCCUCCAGAAAGUUAGUACAUUUGCACAGACAGGUGAUAGGAAUCAGAAGCUGUUUUUCAAGACCUAGCACACCUACACUUUGACAAGUGCAUGUUUUAUUUAAACUAUUUCAGAUAAUUGAAUGUCAACUGAUGCAUGUUGAAAUGAUUUAAUUCUUUGCUUUGGGUUUUUAAGCUGUAUUAGGAUUAAGGUUUAAACCUUAGGUGUAAGGACAUUUUUUUUUCUUCUAAUAUUAAUGGUUUAUCUACAUUCUUCUAAUUAUAGACCUGUAGUUUAUCUACUUGACGGUUAGUUAUGUGAGAGGUAGGUCUUUUAACAGCUCAUUUGUUUUGAAUACCCAAGUAUCUACCAUCUCUACAACUGUGUACCAAUCAUCCCUAUUUGGUUGUGUAUGACUUUGAAGGAAGUUUUCUCCUGUUAGUACAAGACUUUUGUGUCGCUUGUACUUUAUGCAGUGUACUUAAUUUUAAUUUUCACCCUGACACCGUCAUGACAUUGACUGUAUGCUUGUUGCACACAGAGUACCAAAGGAGAUGUGUUGAUAGUAACAUUUAAACCAGGAUGCUGUGCUCUCAACGCAUACUGCGUGUGACUAUGCAGUAUUCUUUCAUUAGCAAAGCUCAUUCAGGACAACAGCUGGAGUGCAGCUGUUUGGUCACAGCCAUGGAAACCUAAGUAAUGAUACUGAUGUGUUAUGCGUUCUCGUUUCUCAGGUUCCUGCUGCAGAAAGAUCGCAAUAUAGUAUGUUGGGUAUGGACUGCCUGAUAUACCCCUGUAGUGUCCAUGUUUAAUUCAUUUUCAUGCCAGUGUUUUGUGUCAAAAUGCUAAAAGUGUUUUUUUGGAAAUACAGAAGGGACACAUACUUGAAUUUCAGGGACGCAGGUUGAUUAAAACUUAGUGUUACGUGGGGAGAACUAAUUUGUGUUGGUUUUGAAUUCUCUUGCAUUUUCAUUAAGCCCAGUUCUUGUAUCCUUUUGUGUGUCUAACUGAACAGAGCUUUAUUAGUAACUGAAGAGAUAGAGUAACCUUCAUCGUAUGAGAGGGAAAAUCCAGAAGUAUGUUGUGCUGCUAACGGUGAAAUGAAACUCCUUUUUUUCCUGUUCAUGCUGAAAUAAAGUGGAUUCACUUGG